AUGACGUGCUAUGCAACGUUUGGCAUUGAGGACGAUCAGAACGAAUUGGCAGGAGCCAUCAUAUUUCACGAUUGUCCGAAUAUAUCAGCUUUGCCAACAGUUGACUGGGAGUACUGGCUACACGCCUUAUACGGGGUUCAGGAUGCUGACAUCAGAAACACUUUUUGGAUUCACUAUUUCGCCUAUGACGUACGAUACGAGAUGCUAUUUGCGUAUCAUAUAAUACAACAUAUUUUCAAAUUCUUCAAAGCUAUAGAAUUUUUAUAUUUGGUACUGCCUCCUGGUGUCACUAAAAUUGAUUGCUUAGAAGAAUUUGCUGAAAGGCUUUUACCAAGAGAUUGUAAAAAUCCAAACAAUACCCAAUCUCUAUACAGAAUCUGUAAUAGAUCAGUAACCCUCAAAUAUAAAAUAAGGCGAGCUGUAGAAGAAGAUAAUGAUGACUUGGUAGCAUUAAUAGAUAUGCAUUCUGAAAGACUUAAGGAUCUUUAUGGAGAAUUUUAUAUUGCUGAAAUAUUAACCACUCACAAAGACUCAGGAAGACACAUUAUAGUGGCAGAGCAUAAUGGUUGCGCAGUUUCAGUAAUAAUUUUGAACGAAACAGUAAUCUAUGAAUUAUUAAAUCAAGAAUUCGAAUUAACGCCUUUUAAUGGUUUACGCAAACGAAGCGAACAGGAUGAUGUUGAGAUUUUGCAAAGCAGCCAACCAGAUCUUAUUCAAUCUGCCACAGAUAUUGGUGACAUAAAUCUCGAAGACAAAAGCGUCAAAUUUUUUUCGGCAAGCUUUGAAGAUGAAGAAGAAUAUUUUAUAGAUGUAACUGAUAGUGAUUCUGAUUAUUCAAUUGUGUUAACUACCUCAGAUUUGUUCGCUUUCGAUGAUGAAGAAGAGGAACCGCUAAGGGAGCCACCUGAAAUGGUUAUGUAA